GCCUCGAGGAGGCGCUGCGGGCGGCGGGUGCCUACCGGAGGCGCUGGCUGGCUUCCGAGACGCUGGUGGUGACCGCUGCAGACCCGCCGCCGGGAGUGGCGGGGCGCUGGCUGGCCACGGCCGCGGACCGCGAGGCCUACGAGCGCUGCUGGGAGACGUUCCGUAGCCUGCGAAAGGAGGACGGGGCCGGCGGUGCGCCCGGGGACGGCGGCGCCAUGUGGCUGCUGCUGGGGAAGAGCGGCCGCAUCCGCGGCAUCGGCCCUGCGCCCGUGGGUGGGGCGAACUGGGACGAGGUGCUGGGCUUCAUCGGCGUCCGCACGGACCUCGCGAUCCUCGACCCUCUCGCCGUCGACCCGGCGCGGGCCGUCGGCGCCGGCCGCGAGGCCGCACUGCGGGAGGCGCUUGCGGUGCACGAUCGCUUUUACGAGGCGCUGAAGGAGGGCAACGCGGCGGCGAUGGAGCCUCUCUGGGCGGACGCCGCGGAUCUCGGCAUGGUCGCGCAGGAGGACGAUCCCAGCGCGGCGCGCGUCGCCUGGGCGUCGGUGCUGUCAGACAGCGCAGAGCUCCUGGACGUGGUCGACGUGGAUGCCGUCUUCCGCGAGGAACAGGGCGGGGAGGAGGUGGUGAUCACCAGCAUCGAGGUGGUGCCUGGCGGCAGGGGCCUCCUCAACGACGGGGGCCCCGGCGGCAAGGGCACGCUGCUGGCGACCAAGCGGCUGCGGCGGGACGCAGGCGGCCAGUGGAGGAUCCUCUCGCACCAGACGAUCCCGUAUUGUAGCAACACGCUGGCCACGCAGAGCCUGCGCUGCACCUCCCGAGGCUGCCUGCUCCUGAAGCCCGGCUGA